GAUAAGGAAUUUGUGGGGCCAUUCGGCCUGCUGCUGCCAGAUGUGACCCAAUUGCCUGCCACGUUCGAUGUUUUACUUGCCAAUUUACAGGUGAGAUGGUCGUCGUCAGCUGCUCCAGCUCUUGAUAUAGAUCCUGUUCAUGGUCCUGCUCCUGCUGCUGCUCCUGCUCCCUUCCCCCGGCAACAGAAUGCUGAGGCUGCUGUUUUCGGGCGAAGUCGUGUGGCUCCUGCUGCCGCUGCUGCUGUCCAAAUAAAUUGUGUAUUUUGUACAAGGACAAUAUUGGCAUUUUUGGCCAUAUGUGCUGGACACGUUAGCCAAAGCAGCCGCCACUCCGCUGCUCCUGCUGCGGUGUAGUUUGCCUUUGUGCCGUAGCAUCGGAGGCUAACAAACCCACGAGUGCCACCUCCGCCGCCAUCCAAAUUCGUAACUAAACCCUGGCCGAGGCCCAUAAAUCAGCGGUUCUUUGUUUUGAAUUAAAGUGGGCAACAGUGUAAACACUUUGUUGGCGUUACUUGCAACCGAGUCCCACACCCAAUAUCAGCCACUGGCCAAUUCGAUUCGUUGGGUUUCGUUUGGGUUCUGGGUUUUGGACUUUGGGCUUUGGGUUUUCGGACUUGUGCGGUUAUAAAAGAUGCCGAAAUUGCUUUGAAAGUGCCGCCAUAGCUGCAAGUUUUAUUAUUUGCUCCAUGUUCCACAGAAACUGGCAGCUAUGUACAUCGGGUAGCUUAGCUAGCAGGUGGCACACGUGGUAGUCGGGUAGCACACCCCUUACAGGACUUUAGGGUACUCCCCUGUUCGAUCAUCUGCGGGCGGGCAUUCCUUUUUUUUUUUUUUUCAAUUUUUUGGCUAUUUGUUCGCCGUGCUCGGUGGGUACAUAUUGAAUGUAUGGCUUUGGUGCCAAAGCAUUGACCGAAAUAAAAUUGCCAGCAAAGGAAACAAACAGCCAGUGGAGCAGGGGCAGCAGGAAAAAAAAGAGGCCAUAGAAAGUGGUACAUAUGUAUAUAAAACGUGGCCAUAACUAAGGCCAUAUUGUGUGUUCGUUCCAUCGCACGGAACGCAGUGCGGGCGUACAAAAAUAUGGCGAAAAAAAGUUGGGAAGCGCGAAUGGAGAACUCCGUCCAUGCCGUGCCGUGCCGGCCGGUCGUCGGCUUCAUAACUCAUCAUACAAUCAGCGCAACAACUUUUGUUUUAUGUCACAACAGCAACAGGAGCAGGAGCAGGAGCAGAAACAGGAGCAGGAGCAGCGAUAACCUGGCCAAGGACCCCGAUCCCAACCCAUGCGAAACCAUGGUAGCUUUAUUCAUGAUGGUUGCUUCCCACUUUUUUACGUGCUGCUCUCGCCGCUGCAUUUUCAAGUCAAAAUGGCAUCAACGACGGGGCAAAAGUUCGCGGUACACGGCAGGCAUAAUAUUUCAUGGCAGGACAUGCCGGCACCUUCCUUUUACUCCAUUUCCUCGGAGUCGGGAUCGGGAUCAGGAGAUGGCAAAGGGCACAACAGGAGAUGAAACUGGAGCUGCAGCGGGCGGAGGAGGUGGAGGUGGCAAUGGCGGUGGAGCAGGAACAAGGACGAAAAACAGGAGCGCUGUCCGUCGUCUGGGCGAUACAUAUGCCAUCGAAAUAAAACCCAAACAAGGCUGGCUCCAGUUGGCAAGUGAUGUCAACGAUUUAUUUGAUUUAAUGCCAUCGGGGGCAGUGACAAAGCCAAAGGAGGCGACCUGCAAUCAGGAGGAGAAGGAGCCCUUUGCCCGGGACAAGUGCUGGUGUCGCUUUUGCAGCAUGCAACUGCUGAAGAUGCACAAUGGGAAAAUAAAACGUUUGGGCCACUACUGUCCGCUGGAUCUAUUCUCCGGUACACCCAGUCGUAUGCUCGAUGCCUUGGAUGCACUUCUCGCCUGCCCGCAAAAUAAUUUACGUGUGUUUCAGAACAGCAAUUUAAUUUAUGGCGAUCACGCGAAUUCGAUUUCCUUCGAUGAAUUGAGCUCGCGUGUCUUUCCCGGUGAAAUUAUGGUGCUUAUAAAACAUUUGCUGGUGGCCUGCCUGCUAAGGGAAUAUGAGCACCCGAAAUCCAACCGAGCAGAGGGCUCCAAUCAGAGCCAGAAGCAGCAGCAGGAGCAGGCGGAGCCGGAGCAGCUGAAUCACAGUCGCGUUUCGAUUGCGGCGACGGAGACAAAGGCCGGAGCUGCUGGAAUUGGCGCCGCUAAUGUUGUCCUGCCACUCGGAGGCAGGGCACACGCCCCUGUUGUCACUGCCGGUCAAUCCUCGACGCGGACAAGAGCAGCUGCUGCAACAGCCACGACCCAAAGGUACACAAAAGUGGCCAGAGUGGAAACAACAAUAACUAGACAGGCAGCCACCUCGGUGGCUGCAGGACCAGCAUCAAGCAGCCAACUGUCCGGCAAUGUGUUGGCAACGGCUAUGGCAACGGCUACGGCAAUGGCAACUGCAGGUCGAACGGAAACAAAAACGGAACCGGAAACUCCGGCUGAGGCUGCUAGUACGACAAGUCGCAACGUGAAUCAGAAUGAAAGCCAAAACUGGAAUCGGAAUGAGACUGCGAAUCAAACUCAAGCACAAAACAACAAAGCGGAAAUAUUUCGCUUACCAAAAAAUUGUGUGCUGCAAAAAAUUUUGAAUUUGCAAUUGCUGGUAAAGCGCCACUUCGACUUCAUGUGGCAAUCCGGGUACUGCGACCACUCCCGGCCCACUUACAACUCGCUGCGGGGUCUCUUGGCCGCAAUCGAAGGAGCCGGGGAUGCAGAAUUCGAGCCGGAUGAGGAGCAGGCAUAUAUGUUGGGAGCCACGGCGCUGGAUUGCUCGAUUAUGUUGACGUUUCAGGAAAUCGAAAGCGAAUGCGAAACCGAUUGCCCGGCUGACCAGAGCAGCGAUGCGGCACUGCAGCCUUGGUGCGUCUCCCUGCUGGGUCAUCACUUUCUAACCAAACUCUGUGUCCUGGAUUUGGAUCCCAAGCCCGACAGUCACUUUCAUAAAUUCAUAGCGCAGACACGUGAAAUUGAAAAGUGCCGUCGAGCAUUAAAUUAAUUAAUAAACUUUCCGCCCAACUAAAAGCAGCA